AUGGUUAAAAUUACACGCAAAAUAUUAACACAAAAAGCAAGUUUGCGACAAGCAGUACGUUCAAAUAUUGGCAAAAGUAUAAAUCUUCAUAAAAUUAUACCACAUAAUGAAAAAUCUAAUUUAGCAUUACAUAGCAAUUCUAAUAUGUCAAAUUUUUCAGAAUACAAUAUCCAAAAUAUUAUUCCAAAUGAAAAUUCAUCCAUAAAUAGAGAUAGUUUAUCUAGAAAUAACAAUUCUUUUCUUUCCCAAUCAAUUAAUAAUAAUAAAAGUGAAUAUAAUAUUAAUAAUAAUGAUCAAGAAAAAUAUUUUCAGAAAUUGAAUGGAUAUGAAAAUAGAAAUAUAAUUCAAGAGGAAAAUGCAUCUACAAGUGAAAAUAAAGAAAGAGACUAUUACUUUCAUAAUUUGAUUGAUGAUGAAAGUAAUGAUAUUGGUAAUAAUGAUCAAGAAAACUAUAACCAAAGAUUGGAUAAAUGUGAAGAUAGUGACGAAGAAGAUAUAUCUUUCAUAUUUAAAAACAAAUAUGAUGGAUUUCAAAAUGCAUCAUUUUAUCAUGGUAAAGCUAAACCUUACUUUCCAAAUAAAUCUGUGAUGUUGAUGUUUAUUUGGUAUACAAAAUACAUGAUAGGAACUUGUGCUUACCAAGAUUUAGUAAAAAUUUUGCAACAUCCAGAUUUUUGUGCAUCAGAUCUUCCUCAAAGUAUCACAACAUUAAAACAAAUGCGUCACAAUCUUCCAUUAAUAACUUUAAAUAGUCAUAAUGUUAAGAUUAAUCCAAUGGAUAUUCCAUCUACAUCAGUUUCUGUUAAGAAAGACUAUACAUCUUCCAUUUUUGAUUAUAUUCAACGUAUUCUUAAUAAUCCAUCAAUUUUUCCAAAAUUAUAUUUUGGUCCUGGCAUCGAGACCUUAAAAAAAUUUGAAUUGUGGCAUAGACAAGUAUGGAAGGAAUCACCACUAUUUGGUAAAACAUCACAUAUGAUUAAAAAUGGUAAUAUUUAUAUUUUAAAAUUUCUAAUCUUAACUGGGGAGAAAAUUCCUUCCUUGUCAUGUGAUUAGCACAUAUGUAACUCUACUGAUAUAGUCUGAUAGUGGCUUUUACCUGAAUAAGAAAGUAGAAUACAAUAAUAAAGUUAGUAAAGACAUUCAAAAAAAAAAAUUUACACGUCUC